GAGACUCUCUCGCAAUAAAUUGGACAGAUAUUUCGUAUCUUGCUCUAAAGUAAUUCAAAAUAUUAUAAAACGGUAUUUGUUGGGGGAUAUAAUGAGAAUCAGCCAGACGUAAAAAUACAUGUAGAACUAUUACCGCUAACUAUUACGCGAAUAGCACAAUGAUUUUAAUCAUGUCGUAACAGAACAUUCCGGAAUAAGAUUGUAUUAAAACUGUGUAUUUCACCAGAGAAUAGCAAACUUUUAAGCUAAGAUUUAUCUCAUAUAAGACUACUCAUUUUAGUUAGCAUAAAUAUGAAGUUGUUGUUCAAUCUGUGUGUGACGUUAUAUCUGAUAAAUUGUGUGAACUCUUUCUUCGGGUUGCGUAGCAACGAUGUAGAUGAUGCCGAUGACGGCGAGGUAUCGAACGCGAUAUUCGACUACAACCUGUUCCUGAAGAGUCCACAUUCCGCGCGUGUAGACUCGAAGUCCAAGGUUGAAACGCUUGGUGGCGUGUUGAAAGGUCACAUAAUGGAACUGAAACGCUCCACCAUGAACCAGGAAAUUGACGUCAUCUUCCUUGUGGACAGCUCCACUAGCGUAGGGAAAAAGAAUUUCGCUUUGGAGAUAAAGUUCGUGAAGAAACUGCUUUCCGACUUCACCGUCGACGUCAACGACACGCGCGUUUCCGUGAUCACGUUCUCUUCACGCGACCAAGUAAAACGUCACGUUGAUUACUUCUCGGACGUCGAGAAGUUCCGCAACAAGUGUUCGCUGAUGGACGACCUCGCGAAGAUCGAGUACAGCGGUGGCGGCACGUAUACACUGGGCGCGCUUCUCGAGGCCAAGAAAGUACUGAAGAACGCGCGCCCCACAGCGAACAAGGUAAUAUUCCUGCUCACAGACGGCUUCUCGAACGGCGGCGACCCGACGGUGGAGGCCCGGAUACUUCGGCAGGCGGGCGUGAAGAUCUUUACAUUCGGCAUCCAGAACGGCAACAUUGUGGAGCUGUACGACAUGGCGUCGGCGCCCAAGAACGAGUCCACCUACAUUCUCGACAGUUUUGAGGAGUUCGAGUCGCUCGCCAACAGGGCUCUCCAUGAAGAUCUGAAUAUCGGUCGGUACGUGGUUGAGCCGGACCGGAAGUGCAAUCGCCUGUGUGUCGGGCGCGACUGCUGCGACCCGCUUGCCAGCUGCAAGUGCGGCACCCACACCGGCAAAUACGAGUGCAUUUGUCCUCCCGGUUAUUAUGGGAACGGACUUCGCGGCGGUUGUCAAGCGUGCCCUGCCAGUACGUACAAGCCCAACGAUCAUCCCGGAGAUGUGCGCACGUGCGUGAAAUGUCCGGAUGAGAACCACGUCACAGAGCCUGGGUCGACCUCUAUCGAGCAGUGUCUGUGUAAAAAGGGGUACCGGAGCUUCGCGAACAACGGGUGUGCUGUGCUGACGUGUCCGCCACUGAACGACCCAAAGAACGGAUACUUCGUGAACGAAAAGUGCAAGAACGUGUUCAACGCGGCCUGCGGCCUCCGCUGCAAGCCAGGCUACGAGCUGCGAGGAAGCAGCCUCCGUAUAUGCCGCGAGGAUGGCACGUGGUCCGGGGUCGACACGCAGUGCAUCGUGAAAACGUGUCCGGCCUUGAUGAAACCCAAGAACGGCCACAUGAUCUGCACGACGGACGAUUUUAGCUUCAACACCGUCUGUCGGUUCACGUGCGACACCGGAUACAAGCUCGUGGGCUCCAAGAAGCGCACGUGCCUCGCCAUUGCCUUCUGGACCGGAAUUAACACUAGAUGCAGAGAGAUCACGUGCCGACCUUUACCAGUGGUGCGUGAUGGUGUGACGUAUCCAGCCUCGUGUACGACGGGCGACGUGCCUUUUGGCACCACGUGCACAGUCACGUGCCACACCGGAUACAUCUUGUUGGGUCCAUACAACAAGCAGUGUCUGCCGGAGGGCGUCUGGUCUCCGGCGUCCGAACUUAGCCAGUGUAUAGACACUGCGCCACCGUUCAUCAUAUGUCCGAACAACAUCGAAGCUGAUUGUGACCUCAACGAGAACACCGCCACUGUAUCCUCGCAGGUGCCCCUCGCGGUGGACAACUCCGGGUACUUGCCGAUCUUGACGUCACAUCCUGCCGUUAUGCCCCCGGAAAAGUUCCCUAUAGGCACCACCCAGGUGACUUACAUAGCCGAGGAUCUGAACAAGAACAAGGCCGAAUGCCACUUCUAUAUAGUGGUCAAAGAUCGCCAGAAGCCCACGGUAGACCGCUGCUUUCAUCCUCUGCCGCUCGUGUCCGCGGACGUGUACACGGAAGUGACGUGGGAGGAGCCGCUCUUCAGCGACAACUCCGGACAAGAGCUGCGCAUCCGACGCUCCCACGCCCCAGGACUUUUUCCUCUGGGAAUCACGGAAGUACAAUAUAUCGCGUACGACCCGAGCGGGAACAGCAACAACUGCACAGUGAGGAUAAAUGUUAUACCUCAUCCAUGCGAGUACCCGCCCGUGCCUCUGAACGGUAAUCGCACGUGCUACGAGGACAGCCAGGGAGUCGUCUGCAUGUUCACGUGCAGGCCCGGAUAUGACUUCGCGGUCACGCCCGCGCGCCAAUACACGUGCGCCUUCGACAACGUGUGGGAGCCGCGCGAUACGAUGCCCGUCUCAGACUGCUCGGUACUGGAGCUGUCUAACGAGAUCAUCCAGCCUGCAUCCUUCACCUUUGCCGGCCUCGUGGCCUGUCAAGAGAAGAUCGAACUCACGCAGCUGGAGAAGGAUUUCGAGAGGAAAAUAUCAAAACGUAUCAAUGAGAUGUGUGAGGAAAGUUUGGAUUGCUCCAUCCGGGAACUGGAGACCAUAUGUCGAGAAAACAAAGUUGACGGAGUGUAUAUCGUUCUGGGCCGCGAAAAGCGGUCUGUUCUACAUGUGUCACGUGCAAAGCGAGAGACGCUGGACGAGGAGCAUGAAGAAUACGAGACCCUCAAUGCAACCGUGACCUUUACGUACAAUCUGGCAGGCAAGGUGAAAGAUAACACAGGCGCCGGCGCGCCGGAAGUCUCUGCGCUACAACAGAAGCUAUUGGUGGUGUUCGACAACAUCAGGACGACGAUGGUGAAGGACGCGCGCCGCGGAGACCUUGACCUGGAAGUGGAUGGUCAGCCGCUAAGUCUACAGGGGUUCGAUCUCCGGGAGGCGCCCGUGUUCACGUGCGAGACAGGAAGUGUCCAGAAAGGAAGGUCAUGCGCCAAGUGUCCAAUUGGUACGUUCUUCAACAUCGUUUCCCUUGAGUGCGAAGGAUGCCCCCUGGGAACGUUCCAGCACCUGGCUGGUCAAGUGUCGUGCUUGUACUGCCCCGAAAACACCUCCACCAUGGAACCAUUUGCCGUCAGUCAGCACAACUGCACGACGCUGUGUCUGCCGGGAACCUUCUCAAACAUGACGGUGGAGCCGUGUGAGACCUGCCGCCGCGGUUACUAUCAGGACCGGUACGGGCAGGCGGAAUGUGAGAGGUGUCCCAAACAGUACAUCACCUUACGACGAGGCGUCAUGGACCACAACGAAUGUAAAGAAAAAUGUUCCGUGGGUUACGUGUCAAAGACCGGAGUAGAGCCGUGCUGGCCCUGUCCCCGGGGCACAUUCCAAUCCAAGCCUGGGAAGUCCGCGUGUAUCAAGUGCCCAGGAGGAGCGGAUACGUUCAGUGACGGAGCCUCGGACUUCAUGCAGUGUGGAAUAGCGCCAUCGGACUACCCGCAAGACGUCGCUCCACCGGAAGUGAGUGAGGCGCCGCAGGCCGAACUGGCGUUUGAUGACUGCUUCUCCAUGCCGUGCAAGAACAACGCAACCUGCAGCCCGGCGCCGAGCGGCCAGGGUUUCGAGUGCAAAUGCUGCGAGGGAUUCGGAGGUGUGCACUGUGACACGGAGUUUAACGAGUGUGACGUCAACCCGUGUCUACACGGGGGCACGUGCGAGGACGCUCUGGGGGACUACCUGUGUCAUUGUGCACUGGGAUACACCGGAAAGAAGUGCGAGACUGACAUUGAUGACUGCUCAGAGAUCGUCUGCUUGAAUGGCGGCGUCUGCGUGGAUCAGCUGGACGGCUAUACGUGUAGUUGUGUCAAUGGUUACACGGGCGUUCUAUGCGAGACGAACAUCGAUGAGUGUGUGUCGUCGCCGUGUCUUAAUGGCGGAACGUGCCUGGAUGGCGUUGGCGGCUACCGCUGCGACUGUCCGCCGGGCCUCCGAGGAGAGCAGUGUGAGAUCGACGACGACGACUGUGCCAGCGGACCCUGUAAGAACGACGCCACGUGCGUCGAUGACGUAGACGGAUACACUUGCGACUGUCCUCCGGGUUACGAUGGAGAGAACUGCGAGAUCAACAAGGACGAGUGCGCCAGCGGACCCUGCGCUGCUCCGGCAACUUGCCAGGACCUUGUGAACGACUACAAGUGCAUAUGUCCCACUGCCAAAAAAGGACGUAACUGCGACCAGAACAUCGACCCGAACUUCCAGCUGGAUUUCCCGCGUACGGCCAGUACGACGGACUACGCUCUGACGACAAUCAAGCAAGACCUGACCGCCGUUACCGUCUGCUUCUGGAUGAAGACAGACGACAGCACGAACCAGGGCACCGCCUUCUCGUAUGCCAACGUGGAGGGCGACAAUGUGUUCACGCUGACCAACUAUGAUGGGUGGGCGUUCUACGUUAACGGUGACAACAGGACCACUAUCGUGAAGGCCAACACUGGUCAGUGGAUGCACGUGUGCGUGCUGUGGUCCUCAAACCGAGGCACGUGGAGGAUAUAUAUGAACGGUAUACCCAGUGACAGUGGCAAAAACUUGGCUAAAGGACGAAAUAUAAAAGGAGGAGGCGUGUUCGUGAUAGGCCAAGAGCAGGACUCGCUGGGUGGAGACUUCAACAGCGCCGAGACGUUCAUAGGCAAGAUCACGCAGCUCAACAUGUGGAGCCGUGAGUUCACCUCCGCGGAAAUUGACAAACUUAGGCUGAGUUGCGGCAGACAGUUGGGGAACGUGAUUGCUUGGACAGAUAUAUCUGGGAACGUGUUUGGGGCGGUUAGAGAGUCGCCUACAGACUUUUGUAAAGAUUGCCCGGAGCCGCCGAAGUUCGAAUACGGGGAUGCUACGUGGAGCUCCCUAAGGGCCGGCUCCGAGGUCCAGUUCAGCUGCAAGGUGGGAUUCAAUCUUGUUGGCAAACCUACGUCAUUCUGUCUCGUCACCGGGGAGUGGGAGGUGGAGGAAACGCCGCCCAAGUGUGCACGAGUCCAAUGCCCAUUCCCGCGCACGCCCAGGAACGGGUUUAUCAGCGAAGGCACUGACUACACGUUCGACCACCGUGUGCGCUUCUCCUGCAACAAGGGCUACGCGCUGGUCGGGUCGGACACGCAGUACUGCGGGGAGUUUGGCUUCUGGGAGGGGGACACGCCCACGUGCGAAGCCAUAAAAUGCUCCAUCCCAGCGUUGUCGGAGAACACGCGAGUUAUCAACCCGUCACCCGACAACAAGUACAACCCCGGAACCGAAGUGCACUUCGAGUGCUCGGAGGGCAAUAACUUCUACACGGAACACACGUUCGUCGACUGUAACGCGCAUGGAGCAUGGGACCAAAGUAUCCCCACGUGCGACCCGCAAAAGUGUGGCUUACCGCCAAAGAUUGAGCACGGCACUGCUGCCUUCAGUUCCGGUGUAACGGAUUUCCCGGUCGGAACGUUUCUGGUGUAUACCUGCGAGUUCGGGUUUGAACUCGCGAAAGAUGGACCUAACAAGGACGGUCGGAUCUCGUGUCUUCCUGACGGUUCGUGGAGCGUCCCUUUACCUCAGUGCACGGUUAUCACAUGCCCGAAGCCUCAAUCUGUCGCCAACGGAAAUUACACGUACGAUACGCUAGAUUUCCUCGGUCAGGUCAGGUACACGUGUUACCCCGGCUACGAAGCGAGCUUUAAGGAAGUCAUUGAGUGCUUUGAGACCGGAAAAUGGAGCAGAGAUCCUCCGAAAUGCGAACCCGUGAGGUGCAGUAAACCGGAUUCAAUAUUACACGGUAGUAUUAUUCUUCCGGAAUACGGACUAUUUACGUACGGCGUGACGAUACAAUACGAAUGCAACUUGGGAUAUUUGAUUGUUGGAAACACAACAAGAACGUGCGCACAGAACGCUAAAUGGAGCGGCAGUGAACUGGUUUGUAAGCCAAUCUCAUGCGGAAAACCUAAAGGUAUUGACUUUGGGCAAAUAGUUGGUAGUGAUUUCACACUUAACAAUGCCAUAAGUUAUGUUUGUGACGAGGGCUUUGAGCUGAUAGGGGCCGCGCAAAGCACGUGCAGAGAGACAGGAAAGUGGCAAAACGAUCCACCGGUGUGCAGUAAGGUAUCAUGUGAAGCACCAGCGGCGGUUGAGAAUGGUUUUUAUGCAGGACGCUCUUACUUUUACCAAGACUCAGUAACGUACGAAUGUGAGAAUUGUUACCGGCUCGUCGGCGAUGACACGUUAACGUGUCAAUCGAACCGAAAGUGGUCCGUUUUACCGCCCCUUUGUGAAGCAAUCAAAUGCGCGAGUCCUCCGUUUGUUGCCCAUGCUUAUUAUGCAAACACACAGAACCUUAAACUGUUUGAUAUCGGUCACAAAGUGCAAUAUAUUUGUAUUAGUGGGUACGCGAUUUCGUCAAACAGCUUAAACCCAAGAGGGGAAAUCGAAUGUAUUAAUACCGGUUUUUGGGAAGCGAACUUUCCCGAGUGUUUGAUAAUUUCUUGUCCACAGCCUGUCGCAGUUCACAAUGGAAGGCCGCUGUAUGAGGCGGUAACGUUUGGCAGUAACGUAACGUACAUUUGCGAUGACGGUUAUGCUAUAGAUGAAGGUUUAGACGUGUUAACUUGUGAAGCCAGCGGAAAGUGGUCCGGAUCGUUUCCAAUUUGCGUUGCCCAAGUUUGUAUCGCACCCGAAUAUGUUCUCAACGGUGAACUGCUCUAUAAAGAUCUCAACGUCGGCUCCGCUAUACGCUACGCGUGUAGCGACGGCCACCAGUUGUUUGGCGAGGAAGUGCGACGCUGCCUUGCAAACCUGUCGUGGUCGGGAUCCGAGCCCCGUUGCAUACCGGUGGAAUGCGGCGUUCCACAGUCCGUCCAGCAAGGAAACACGACGUUCAACGAGACCUCCUUCCAGUCCUUUGUUUCCUACGUUUGCGAUAAAGGUUACUAUCUAGUUGGGGACAGCAUCCGGGUCUGUCAAAGAAACAAAUCCUGGAGUGGAAACGUACCGACAUGCGAACUAGUGCAGUGCGACCAGCCUUCGCGGAUCAUUUCUAACGGACGAAUGAAUGGAGAUAAUUUCACGUAUGGGUCAGUUGUGACGUAUGAGUGCGACCCGGGAUACUUUAUUGACGGGGUGUCGAACAGCAGAACGUGCUUGGAGACGGGCGAGUGGGACCGUCCAAUUGUCGUCUGCAACGCCGUUGAAUGUCCAAGACUUAACGUUCGAAACGGACAGACGUCUGACGGCCUUCAUUUUCUUUCCAACAUGCCAGUUGCGCCCGUUGUGGGAUCAGUACAAUCAACGGAGCAGUUAAGUGAGUGUUGUAAUAAAGGGCCAGUAAAUAAACAACAGAAGUUCUCAACACAGUCAGAAGAACUUCAGUACUGGCAGAUACAAUAUUUCAAGGGGGAGGUGGAAAAACAGGAACGGGAGAAACAACUACUUGAUAUAAAGCUACGCAUGCUGAUGGCAGAUGAAAAGAGACGUGAGCAGAAAGUUGUUGAUGAUUUCAUCAAUGGGGCAUAUUUCGAGGACUAAUUAUCAUGUUGACAUGGAGUUAGUUGCCUCAGUGGAAACCGUUUUUAUUACAUGUAAAUGAGCUAAAUUAUCAACUCUUUGACUGAAAAUAAUAGUUUUAAAUUUGCUAUUUUGCUUUAUUGAAUACAAAUGAUGAACAUUGAUUAUUAUAAACGUUGUUCAGCAAUAAUUGUGUUAGAUUAUACCCUUUAUAUUUAAUGUCCUUACAUAAAUUUGAGAAACAAUUGUUCUUAAUUACGCGAAAUAUAUAUUCACAAUGUAUUCACGUAUGUGUGUCCCGCUUCCAUUGCCGUUCACCGCAAGAUUGAAUACUGCAUACAUCAUUAUUGUCUUGAUUUUCAACAGAAUCCCCAAAUGGCAGGUUCGUUGAGUUUGUUGCAAAUAUUGCAAAGAAUCACGCAUGCUGUUUCAUUCGUAACAUGUUGAAAAUGGACUAAUGCUUCCUUUUGCAUUAAUAUCUAGUGUGCGUAUUACACGAGGCCAGAGUGUGUGCAUCAUUUGGUUUAUUCAUUUAGGAUACACUUUGUAUUGUAUCUAAUGAUAUGUUGCUCAAUAUAUUGUCCAAUACUGAACGUGGCGUUCAAAAACCAACUUCAACUAUCAAAUAAGCACCAACACGUGGGACUCGUUUCAAUGUUUUACUUGAUAUUUAUUGUGAAGUGGCUUACCUAAGUUCAGACAUAUUGUUAGAAGACGAUAUAUGACAUGUUCGACGUGUAUAAAUGAACACCGUGGAGUAAUAGUCAGGUGUUAUAUUGGACAUUAACAGUUGGACUGAUGCAAAUGUUGUGUAUGUUCAUAUACGUAUUUACUGUUUUUGUGCAUAUACGAUGAAAUUAGGACGCUAAAUGUCAUAUAAUUAAUUCUUUAAAUAAAUUAAAGAUAAACAUUAUAUCAACUAACGCACGUUCAAUACACAUUCGGAAAACAAGAAUCGCACUAACAACGUAUCUAAAUGAACAGCUAAACAAAACUAACAAUGGCGAAAGCGAUAUUUUAUGAAAUAUGCAUAUCGCAAAAGUUAAUGAUUAGCUUGGACACAAAAUGUUAAUCACAUCUCGGGGAGCAACAAUUUAUAGAUCUUGCAAAAUACAAUUCACGGUACGAUAUAUAAUAUAUGCAAUAGAUUAUUUGCUAAUUCCUUU